AUGUACGUCAACCUCUACUACAUAGUCACACGGCUCCCUGACUCCCUUCGCUUAGUCAGGGACCACUUCCUCUCAGUUUGCCCCACCACACUCACCGUUGACCUCCUCGAGGAGCGCCUCCUAGCAGCAGAGAAGAGCAUAGUCGCUAUAGGAGCCUCUCGUGGUGACCCUCGCACCCCCGUCUUUGAGGGGUGUUCUCCCUCCCCCCUCUUGCCCUCUGUUGCUUCUGCUGCUGCGCCCGACCUCGUUGGCUUCGAGUCGGUCGGCGCUGCGUCUACCCCUAGCGGGAGACGCCGCACCGGCAAGGGCAAGGGGGGCAAGGGCGUUGGAGUGACUGGCGGGGGCGUUGGAGGUGGUGGUGGAGGCAGUGGAGGGGGUGGGGGUGGUGGUGGGAGUGGUGGCGGGGGUGGAGGUGUCGGUGGCAGCAGUGGAGGCGGAGGAGGCGGCGGUGGCGGCGAGGGAGCGGAGGCGGCAGAGGUGGCGGAGGCGGCGGAGGUGGUGGAGGCGGCGGAGGCAGCGGUGGAGCUGGUCGCGGCUCUGCGCAGAGGAGUGGCUCCGGUGGUGGUCCGCGCUAGCAGCAGCAGCGCAGUCGUGAGACCCUCUCCCCUCAGCAGCUUCGUGAGUGGUACGCUGGGCGUCAGCGGGUGCGGGGGCACGCACUCCACCCAGCACUGCUUCGGCCGCCUGACGGACGCUUGGCGUCAUCAGUUCCCUGACGCCACUGAGAUCCCUUGCUGGGGAGAGCUGUCUAGGGUGGGGGUUGCUAUCUUUGAUCUUGACUUUGAUGCUAUUCUUGCUGCCAUGUAUGCUGUGUCUACUAUUGAUGAGGAUGACUGUUACCUGUGCGUUCCGCCACACCCGGGCAUUGAGGCUGCUGCUCUAGGUGCUGGUGAGGCUGCUGCUCCAGGUGCUAGUGCGUCUGCUGCCCCAGGUGCUGGUGAGUCUGCUCUCUCAGGUACCACGUCGGCUCAGGCCUUUCACACCUUCACCCUUGACUCGGGUGCUUCCCGCUCCUUCUUUCAAGAUCGCACCACGCUUACGCCGCUUAGUCGGCCGGUUGCGGUCUCCCUGGCGGACCCCUCUGGGGGUCCUGUCCUUGCUAGCUUCUCCACUGUCUUACCGUGUCCGGCAGCCCCCUCUGGCACCCUGUCAGGUCUCUACCUCCCCUCGUUCUCUACGAACUUGGUGAGUGGAGCUGAUCUACAGGAUCGGGGGGUUGACCAGUUCACGCCUGCGAGUCAGCGGGUGACCCACUGUACGUGUGCUCGGAGGGGCCGACACUUGGCCACGUUUACCCGUUAG